AUGAAAAAUGCCUUCGACAUACUCACGAAAGCAUCGGCCAAGAAUAACGUGAAAACAGACACUUCGCCCAAAUCACCUGUCAAGACAAAGCAAUCUCGCAAAACUAGGUCGACGCAAAAGCUAUACAGUGAAAAUUUAUCAGACAGCGAAUCAUCGCCGUGUCAAUUAAGCCCCGAUGGUAAGGCGUCGAAUACACGUCGUGUUAAACGAAUUAGGAAAAGGGCAUCGAGAGUUGCUCACAAGUACGAAGAAGAUGAAGAUGACUUCGAUGAGCUUGCGUCACCUAAACGUCAGAAGACAGAAAACACUUUUUCAGGAAAAAGUUUUUCUUUGGGAGACGAUGAAAGUAUUUUACAACCAAAACCAAAGAAAGUUUAUGUUUCUAAACAACUUGCAUCAAUUAACAACAACGGAGUUGUGCCAUCAUUGUUCAAGGACAUCAACCAACGAAAAGCAGAAUUACGUGCCCAAAAAGAGUCUUCUCUCAAACAGUCUAUGAUAGUUCUCCCGAAGUCUAUAGCAAAUGUCACAGCCAAAGAAAUCGAUAGAUUGGCCGGGCAAAUAAUGGAACUGGAUCCAUUUUCAUUUCCGUGUAUAACAUCUGUUGAAACCAAGAAAGAAAAAAUAAAACCUAUGACUGGGUAUAAAAUGCCAAUUUUUUUGCAAGAUCUCGCUUUCGAUGCCAUGCAGUUUUUGCAAGGAGAUUUGUCAUUAGAAAGUAUAGUUUCUACUGUUCGAGCUGACACUAGGUAUACAAUAUCAAUCAGAGAUCUCUCUGAAGAUGAUUCGCGUGAAUGUGUGAAGAACCUCGAAUCAAAGCACCGUGAUUUUUCGAUCAGACCGAUGCUGCGCCGGUUCUUAGUUCAUCAAGAUUGGAGCAACAAAUUAUAUUCAGAUAUGUUUUCGGCCUCAUUUAGCGAAGAUAUCCUGGGCUUGAAGAGCCAUGCUGAGAACUUUGCUAAUUGGUUGAUAACAUAUAGUAUGGCCACGAAUAAAGUGCUAGAGGUGUUACGUAAGCGAAGGACAGAAGACGCAGAAGAAGAGCAACUGUUGUUAAACGCUGAAUCAACUUGUGUUGCAAUAGUGUCGGGUCCUCCAGGAAUUGGAAAGACGUCAUUUGUGAAAUCAGUUGCUGCUGAUCAGAACUACAAAGUUGUUGAAGUCAACACUAGUCAAUGUCGAUCGCAGAAGCACAUCAUUGCUCAGUUGAAAGACGGAUUGAUCGCCCAGAAAAUGGCGAGUGGGGAAAGCGAGACGAAAAGUCUAAUUCUGGUUGACGAUGCAGAUGUUGUGCUUGCCGACGAUUCUAACUUCAUUCAAGCUAUUUGCACUCUUGCUCAGAUGUCACACAAACCUGUAGUUUUAACUGUGGCCAAUGAAGAAGCACUUUCAGGUGUGCGCGUGUCAUGUAAAAAGUUUAAUCUGCCCAAGGAUCGAACUCAGGCAGUGGAGACAUUACUAGAGUGUAUAUGCAUCACGAAACGCAAAACAGUUAACGAAGAGGUCAUUUCAAAAAUAGCGGAAAAGAACAAUUUCCACUACGCCUUAAAUGGGCUACAGACUGUUCUAGAAAAUGAAAUAUAUGGAGAUAAUUUCAAAGUCCCUUAUAGUUAUAAGACAGAGAUAAGCGAAGUUCACGAGGAUUUAUGCGAGCAAUAUGAAAAGAAACUAAGUUCACGAUUCGAGGAGGUUGAAAGUCAAACCACGCAAGCAGAAAUGGAAUUGGAGCUCUUGAGCAAAAAGUUAGAAAUGCGCGCAUUUAGUACAAAAUACAAUUUCACAACUUUCAGUGUACCAAAUUGUCAAAUUUGGCCUGGAGAUACCACUAAAGAGAAUUCAGCAACAGCUUUUCAAUAUGAAUGUCGACCAAAAAUCGAAUCACCAGACGACGAAGAAAUAGUUCUUAAGUUUGAUGAAAUAACAAAUAGUUACCAAGUGAAUACUUGUCGUAGUUGGGUAGAUAGGUUUGCGCAAUUUUAUCCAUAUUUGGGAACUCUGGCUAUCGAAGAUGAAAAGAACAAGCUGUUUUUGGAGAGUAAAGACCAGCGCAAAGUUAAAAGAUACUGUCAUUAUUUUGACUCGCCCUGUAAUCUGGGAUUUUCGGAUUCACUGAAAGGCUGGAUAUCGGAAUUCUACAGUUUUGAUGAUAAAAGUUAAUCUUAAUUGCCGAUUUGUUGUAAUUACAAAAAUUGAUUGUAGGGGGGUCUUUUUCUAUGUGUUCCCAAAUAUUUAAAAUAAAUUAUGAUAGGUUAAUGUAGUUGAAAGCAAAAAUUCAAGCUAGAUGAUAUCAAUCGUCUCGUUGUAACUUGUUCACUAAGAUAUUCGGGAAUAUUCAUAAGAGGGACCCCUUUUGUUUUUUACAUGAGUGCUUAAUUGUGAAAUUAGACUGUAUGUGACUAAUUAAUUAUUUGUCGAUUGAA